UUGCGGUGUUCUUUCACCUUCUCUCUACAUAGAUAUACAUAUUUAUUACACACAAGUAAGCACACUGUCUGAUUCAGGACUCCCAUUUCCCAUUAACAAUGGUUUCAACGAUGGCCUUAAGGAAAAGAACCCUAGCUCCGAAGCCGAUAUCUGAGGAGCCCAAAUCCAAAAAGAGAUCCGAAUCAAAGAAAGAGGAAGAUUACUGCGAUGCGUGCUGUGAGAAUUGCGGGUCUGGUAACCGGGCUUCGGAGCUUCUGCUUUGCGAUAAAUGUGACCGUGGGUUUCACCUUUUUUGCCUAAGACCCAUUCUUGUCGCUGUGCCCAAAGGUUCCUGGUUUUGCCCCUCUUGUUCCAAAGAUUACAAACCUACCGGCUUCCCUCUAGUACAAACCAAAAUUGUUGAUUUUUUCCGCAUUAAGAGGUCUUCAUCAUCGGCAGAAAAGCUCAAUCCAGAUAGCCAAAAGAAACGUAGGCGAAAUUCUGGCUUGGUGAUGUCAAAAAAGAGUAGGAAGUUGUUGCCAUACAAUCCCAGUGAAGAUUAUAUCAGAAGGUUGGAACAAAUGGCAUCACUUGCUACAGUGUUAACAGCAACUGAGACACAGUUUGUUAACAAGCUCACUUAUGUCCCUGGGAUGGCCCCGAGGUCAGCUAAUUGUGCUUCACUUGAGAGAGAAGGAAUGCAGGUUUUAUCAAAAGAAGAUGCAGAAACCUUGCGUCUGUGCAAGAAUAUGAUGGAACGAGGAGAAUGGCCGCCGCUCAUGGUUGUAUUUGAUCCCCUAGAAGGAUUCACUGUGGAAGCAGAUAAAUAUAUAAGAGAUUUAACGAUAAUUACAGAAUAUGUUGGAGAUGUUGAUUACCUAAGGAAUCGUGAAAAUGAUGAUGGAGACAGCAUGAUGACUCUCCUCUCUGCUGCUGAUCCUUCAAAAAGUCUAGUCAUCUGCCCAGAUAAACGCAGUAAUAUUGCUCGCUUCAUUAAUGGCAUCAACAAUCAUACAUCGGAUGGGAAAAAGAAGCAGAACGUAAAAUGUGUGAGAUUCAAUGUCAAUGGUGAGUGUCGUGUGCUGUUGAUAGCAAGCAGAGACAUUCGAAAGGGAGAGAGAUUGUAUUACGACUACAAUGGGUAUGAGAACGAAUAUCCAACCGAGCAUUUUGUCUGAUCACAUAGGAUUCCAUCUCAAGUUGAAUUAACAAAAAAUUUUGAGACCUGCUAACAUGCAAAUCUAUUUUUGAUCACACCCAUCUAAUUUAGUAGAAAAACUGAAAGUCUCUUGGACCACGUUUAAUUUUGUCAUCAAGUAACGAAUGAACUUUCAUCGAGUUUAAUAACUAUGUCU